UAAUUUCGUUUACAAAACAGUUCAUCAAGUGAGAGAACUCUUAACUGGUUUUCCGAUCAGAGUUUCCUGGUUUACCGAUGUCCGGCGGUCCGAAAAGUUACUCGGUCAAUCCGAGCGAUUACAAGCUUCUAGAAGAAGUUGGAUAUGGAGCAAGUGCAACUGUGUAUAGAACGAUCUAUAUACCUUCUAAUGAAGUUGUAGCAGUCAAGUGCUUGGAUCUCGAUCGCUGUAACAGCAAUCUGGAUGAUAUUCAUAGGGAAGCUCAAACAAUGAGUUUAAUUGGCCAUCCAAAUUUAAUAAAAGCAUUUUGUUCAUUCGUUGUUGAUCACUACCUUUGGGUGGUGAUGCCCUUCAUGGCUGAAGGUUCUUGUCUGCACCUCAUGAAGAUAUCAUAUCCAGAUGGAUUUGAGGAGGCUGUUAUUGGUUCUAUCUUGAAAGAAACUCUCAAGGCUUUGGAAUAUCUCCAUUCACAUGGGCACAUUCAUCGAGAUGUUAAGGCUGGGAAUAUAUUGCUGGACACUAAUGGGGUAGUAAAGCUCGCUGACUUUGGUGUCUCUGCAUGCAUGUUUGACAGUGGUGACAGGCAGCGCUCUAGGAAUACCUUUACAGGAACUCCGUGCUGGAUGGCACCAGAAGUUUUGCAGCCUGGAACUGGAUAUGAUUUCAAGGCUGACAUUUGGUCAUUUGGAAUAACUGCCUUAGAGCUGGCUCAUGGUCAUGCACCAUUUUCGAAGUACCCUCCAAUGAAGGUUCUGCUGAUGACCAUAAACAGUGCUCCUCCUGGACUUGAUUAUGACCGUGAUAAGAAAUUCUCAAAGUCUUUCAAGGAAAUGGUUGCCAUGUGCUUGGUGAAAGAUCAAACUAAAAGGCCAACUGCUGAAAAAUUGUUGAAGCACAUUUUUUUCAAAAAAGUUAAGCCUCCAGAGCUUUCUGUAAAGAAACUGUUUGCCGACUUACCAUCACUAGGGAGUCGAGUAAAAAUGCUCCAGCUUAAAGAUGCUGCACAACUAGCCUCGAAGAAAAUGCCUUCAUCCGAGCAAGAAGCAAUAUCACAGAGUGAAUACCAACGAGGUGUUAGUGCCUGGAACUUUGAUCUGGAGGAUUUGAAGUUUCAAGCUUCAAUGGUGCAAGAUGAUGACGAAAUACCUGAGAUUAGGGAAGAGGAUGAAAGUAUAAAAUUUUAUAUGAACUACAAGGAGAAUUCAGUUUCUGCUCUAAAUGCUGGAAAAUCAUCCUUAAAACAAGAUAUCAUUUCCAGUGAGCAAGGAAGUGUUGGUGAAGUGACAUUAGCUGAAUGCCAGAGAAAGAAGGGAGAAGACUUGGAAUGUAUUAAACUGGAUUCGGACCAUCAGGAGGAAGGUGGACUGAAGAAGAAUUCAUCAAAAACAGAGCUGCCACCCCUUACCUCAGACAAAGACGCAGUGCAAGCCAAAAGUAAAUGUCAAACAGCAAAAACUUGUCGAAGUCAGAGUGGACCACUUAUGCCAGGUGUUGAGCUAAGUCAUUCGGCAUCAGAAAGAUCUGCCAACUUCGAAAGAAGUAAGAUUGAAAACCAACAAGCAGAAAAAGCUCAUCAAGUACGAAGGGCACCCAGCUUUAGUGGACCUCUAAUGCUUCCAAACCGAGCUUCAGCAAAUAGUAAAUCAGCCCCAAUUAACUCAUCUGGGGGAUUCAAAGAUUCUUCAGAUGACAAGUCCACGGCCAACUUGGUUCAAAUAAAAGGGAGGUUUUCUGUGACAUCAGAAAAUGUAGAUCUUGUAAAGGGGUCACAAUUGAGGAAGACUGCUAGUGUUGGAGACUGGAUAAUGGAAUCUAAGCUGAUGCCUCCCAGUCGAAUACCAAAAGAGCUUGGCCUUGAUAAUAUUCCUGCCUCAGUUCUGAUGCCUCACCUACAAAAUCUUUUUCAACAGACUUCAAUCCAACAGGAUCUAAUUGUGAAUCUGUUGAGUAGCUUGCAACCACCCGAGGCAGGAGAUGCUCCGCAACAUGGAAAGUCAUCUUCACAGUGUGUUGCAGAGAAUAAUGGAAGUGUUGAUGCAGCUGUUUCUGAGAGGGAGCGCAUGCUGCUGGUCAAAAUAUCUGAGCUUCAAGCUAGGAUGAGUAGCUUGACGGAUGAAUUAACUACUGAAAAGCUUAAAUACAUGCAGUUGCAACAGCGGCUAAAUUCCAUGUCAAGUCAGGGGGAAGAUUGGGACAGGAGAGAAUCUGAAUCUUGAUACUGAAAGAUGUCCGUGAAGUAUUAACAAUGUGUAUAUUCAGAUUAUAAGUUAUAUAGCACGGAGCAGAGAUCCCUAUCCGUGUGGCUGGAAAAAUUCAUCGAUGAAAUAGAAGCUCAAUGUGUAAUAAUCCAGCUCCAACUGAUGAAUAAACAAGAUCAUCAGUUUGUAGAGAAUUUCUUCAUUUAUUUGGUGAGUGCGAGCUGAAAACAAGCCUUCUGUGCAGUCCA